UUUAGGAGGAUUAUAUGGAGAAACAAUGGUUGAUGAGUGCGCUGAUAUUAUUGGGAUGAAUCUAAAAGCUGGAAUCAACUUUAUAGAUACUGCUCCUUGGUAUGGACACGGAGUAUCAGAGAGAGUAGUUGGACAGGCUCUGAAAACAUUUCCACGGCAAGCAUUUUAUAUAUCUACUAAGGUUGGACGGUAUGAGGCUGAUACAGAGCACAUGUUUAAUUUCAGUAAGGAUAAAGUGGUUAGCAGUGUGAAAGAGAGUUUAGCAAGACUUCAGGUUGAUUACAUUGAUCUGAUUCAAGUUCACGAUGUUGAAUUUGCUGAAUCUCUAGUUCAGCUAGCUCAGCAUACUAUACCGGCACUCAUACAGCUCAAAUCACAAGGUUUGGUUCGGUAUAUUGGGAUCACUGGAUACAACCUGGAUACAAUAUGUAGGCUGGUCAAUUUCCUACCUCCAGGAACUAUUUCAACUGUGCUUAGCUAUUGCAGAGCUACAAUACUAGACAGUUCUCUGUUGGGCAGAUAUCAAAACUUCUUCAAAGAAAAGGGAAUAGGAUUGAUAAAUGCAUCUCCUAUAGGAAUGGGUUUACUUAGUUUAGUCGGACCGCCUAAUUGGCAUCCAGCUACACCACUCAUAAAAACAUCCUGUCUAAAAGCAGCAAAAUACUGCCAAGAAAGAGGAAUGGAUAUUAGUGAGCUUGCCCUACUAUGGACUAUAGACCAGGAUGUCACAACAACUCUAGUUUCGACUGCAGACAGGGGUCUCGCUGCUAAAAAUGUAGAACUAUCAACUCAAAGGUUAACUUCUGAGCAAAGAAAAAUAGUGGAUGAACUAGAGGACAAAUUCUUCAAGUUUUUACCGGCAAGGAAUUGGGAAAAUUUAGAAGUUUCCAAAUACUGGAGUAAAAUGAAUGCUGGAGAAUUCAAACAAAUAUCAGAUAUCUAAAUAUGUUG